CUGAACACCCCUCAACACUGACUUCUAGUUCUCGGCGUCUCGCCCAAACCCUUGACUAUAAAUACUCCUUGUCCUCAACGCGCCAGAGCCCUCUUUCUCUCUCUCGCCCCUGGCUGCAUCCUCGCUCUCUCCUCCUUAGCCCCUUAACUCUUUGUUGGAACGGUCCGAGAGAUUCCGCAAGCAUGUUGGUUUACCAGGACCUCCUCACAGGUGAUGAGCUUCUCUCGGACUCGUUCCCAUAUAAGGAAAUCGAGAAUGGAAUUUUGUGGGAAGUUGAGGGAAAGUGGGUUGUUCAAGGAGCUGUUGAUGUAGACAUAGGUGCAAACCCCUCUGCUGAAGGUGGAGAGGAUGAUGAGGGUGUUGAUGACCAAGCUGCUAAGGUGGUUGACAUUGUUGACACAUUUAGGCUUCAGGAGCAACCUGCUUUUGACAAGAAGCAAUUUGUCACAUAUAUGAAGAGGUUCAUCAAGUUGUUGACACCCAAGCUUGAGGGAGAGCAGCAAGAGAAAUUUAAGAAAAACAUUGAGGCAGCAACCAAGUUCCUGCUUUCGAAGCUCAGUGACCUCCAAUUUUUUGUGGGGGAGAGCAUGCAUGAUGAUGGCUGCCUCGUAUUUGCUUACUACAAGGAAGGUGCCACUGACCCGACAUUUUUGUACUUUGGCUAUGCUUUGAAGGAGGUCAAGUGCUAAAAGUGGAGUAGCUUGCUUGCCAAGACGUUCUUGAUGAAUUUGCAGUUAUCUGUUUGUUUUGUCUUCUGAUGUUUUUAUUGUUGACAUAAGGCUUUGUGCCUAGUGUUUGGGUUUUGAUGGGUAUUUUCUCAUUAUAAUGUGUUUUCUCUGA